UUUCUUAUCAUCGAAUAUGGAGUAGUAUCGAUGAACUUCAUCACUAUCUCCCUAACCCCUCUAAAACCCUCUCUCAUGAAUCAUUGUCGUUAACCCUUUCUUCCAUUCCGAAUCAAUUUUCUUCCGUACCCAUGCCAUUGAUUCGCACUACUCCACCGCUUCCUUGUGCCAUUUCCACACUCACCACACUUACCAAUGCACCUCCAUCAUCAUCUUCCACUCUUUCUGCUGCCACAUUCGGUUCCCACCUUCUGCGUAAAAUUCAGAACCCAAUUAUUGGGUUUUCGGCAACCAGGAAUCGCUCGCGUGCUGCGGUGAUCAGAGCCAAAGCAGGGGCCGAUUACUAUUCCACCUUGAACGUUAGCCCCAGUGCUUCGCUGCAAGAAAUCAAGGCCUCCUAUCGCAAGCUGGCGCGCAAGUACCAUCCAGAUAUGAACAAAAGCCCUGGGGCUGAGGAGAAGUUCAAAGAAAUAAGUGCUGCAUAUGAGGUCCUAUCAGAUGACGAGAAAAGAUCUUUAUAUGAUCGUUUUGGCGAGUUAGGUCUUCAAGAAGAAAAUGGAGGGUCAAGUGGUGCUCCAGGGGUGGAUCCUUUUGAUUUAUUCGAUACAUUCUUUGGUCGUUCUGAUGGAAUAUUUAGAGAUGGUGAUGACGGGGGCAUCAACUUCAAUUUUGGUAACAAGAGAAACCGUAGUCAUGAUAUUCGAUAUGACCUUAAUUUGAGCUUUGAAGAAUCAAUAUUUGGAGCACAGAGGGAGAUUGAAGUUUCCUGUUUUCAGACAUGUGACACUUGUGAUGGUACAGGAGCUAAAUCAAAGAAUUGCAUUAAGCAAUGCACAAAUUGUGGUGGCAGAGGGGGAGAAAUGAAAAGUCAGAGAACACCCUUUGGAAUGAUGUCUCAGGUUUCUACCUGCUCUAAGUGUAGUGGCCUUGGUAAAAUAAUCACAGAUCACUGUCGAAGGUGUGAUGGCAGUGGUCAGGUGCAAUCCAAACAAACAAUCGAAGUGGACAUUCCUGCUGGAGUCAAUGAUGGAGACACAAUGCAAAUUCAAGGACAAGGGAAUUUUGAUAAAAAGAGGCAAAUUACUGGGGAUCUUUUUGUUGUCUUGCAUGUAGAUGAAAAGCAAGGAAUUUGGAGAGAGGGUCUUCAUUUGUACUCAAAGAUUAACAUUGACUUCACAGAUGCAAUAUUGGGGUCAGUUAAAAAGGUUGAAACUGUUGAAGGUUUACGGGAUCUUCAAAUUCCUUCAGGGAUUCAAACUGGUGACUCGGUGAAGUUGUCACGUUUGGGAGUUCCAGACAUGAAUAAACCAUUUGUUCGAGGCAAUCAUUACUUCAUUGUGAAUGUUCUUAUUCCAAAGGAUAUCAGUGGCACCGAACGUGCGCUUGUUGAGCAGUUAGCUUCACUAAGAGCUUCUAACAAAAGGGAUUCACUGUCUUCGGGUGACAACGGAAUACCUAAAGGAAAGUUCAACGAAUUCACUGAGAGGAGGGAUCCAAGGGGUGAUGGUUCAAGCAAAAUAAAAAAUGUUGACUCUCUAUGGGGAUCGAUCAAGAACUUCUUAAGUGGAAGACAGUCCGAUGAAAGGUUUGCUUCAAUUAGCAUGGAUACAUCAGCAUUAAUACGGAGAUAUGGUGACCAAAAUCCGUCUGUCCUUAAUUUCUUUAUUGUUCUUUUUGUUGUAACUUGGAUUUUUGCCUUGAGAGCAAAGUCUAAGUACUCGAUGCUUCAGAAAAUAUCUGAGUCCUUAAAUAGAACACAGUGAAAAAAAAUUAAAGGCAUGCUUGGUUAGAAAAGUAGAAAUUAGGGUUGGGAGUGGAAAGGUUUUUAUUGUUCAGGCCUUGAUGUUUGGUGGAAAUAUGUGAAAGUACAAAGUGGGGAAAAUUUUAGUUUGAGCUUAUUUUCAAACUACAAAAGACCAGAAUUGAGAGUAGAGUGAGGAUGAGUUCCACUACACAACACCCCAAACCAUUGUUAGUAAUUUUCUUCUGAAAUUCUCUCAUAUGUAUUUUUAGCUCUACUAUACCCCUGAAAAAUUCUGUUGGAGCCAGUACUGGUGAUUUGAACUCACCUUUAGUAACCAGGGUGAAUCAUUAACGAUCACUAAUUUGCUAGAAAGUGGGGAAAAGAGUUAAUAACUAUGGAAUUGCUUAGCAUUGUUCUAUAUUAUAUUUGGAUUUGGUAAUUUCUUGUCAAGUUUUUAA